AAAACUUUUCGUUUGCCAACACUGUAAUAUGUCAGGAAUAUAAAAUUUUUACAGCGGCUCUUCUAUCAAACAUCUGCCAAGUCUUCAGCGGUUUUUGCAGUUUCCCACGAUUAUAAAUUUCAUUUGGUUUUACAAAAAUUGGCGCUUCAACUUAAGAGCAUUUGCGAAAUUAACACAAACAUGUUAAAAACUGAACAAAUUAAUUGUAUAAGUUUUCCAUAUGAAAGUAAUGAAGAAUUCGAAAUAAGUUACGGAUAUGCAGAUACAAAAUUUGGUGAAGUUUUAAUUGGAUUACUUGAGCCAAACAAAAUUUGUUUUCUACAUUUUAUACAAAAUAAGGCCGCUGGUCUCAACAACUUAAAACAGUGCUGGCCAAAGGCUGUGUACACUGAGGAUUCUGUUUUGGCAACUAAAACGGUUAACGCUAUAUUUGGUAAAGAUGAUGGAGGAACGAUGACGCUAUGCUUGACUGGAUCAGAGUUUCAACAAAGCGUUUACAAAGCAUUACUCAAAAUACCAUUUGGCGAGCAAUUUACAUACUCAGAUGUUGCUGAACUUUUGGGUAAGCCAAGUGCUGUGCGACCUGUGGCAAAUGCUGUGGGAAAAAAUGAUAUUGCAGUUGUGAUACCAUGCCAUAGGGUAAUAUCUAAAAGUGGCAGCAAAUUCAAGUACCGUUUUGGAAGCCAGAUUAAACAAAAAUUAUUGGAAUACGAAAGUGCUAAUGACACAUUUUAAGAGAAUGGAACUUAUAAAUUUAGUGCUUUGUAAGCUAUAUUUUAUGUUAGUGUGCAGAAUAAUAUAUAAGCACACAGUUUUGUGAAUUAAUUGUUAUUUUCA